UCUGAAGGAGGAAAACGCUGCGAGCUCGCACUGUGCGCGCGCAAGGACGGGUGUCAGUUUUCAAAGAUGCAGGUGGAUCGGAGCUGUGCGGUUCCCCGGGCUCAGUUUACCUGGCUGCUCCUACUUUGUUCAACUCUAAGCAUCAGGACAAACGUGGUGGGAGGUUCCCACCAGAGCAUCCCUGCAUCUGUGGUCAAGUUAUGGGCUUCAGCAUUUGGAGGAGAAAUGAAAUCCAUCUCUGCAAAGUAUUCUGGUUCCCAACUGCUUCAGAAGAAAUACAAAGAGUUUGAGCACGCAGUGCGGGUGGAGGAGAUUGACGGGCUACGGCUGGUAAAGAGGUUGGCAAAGAACAUGGAAGAGAUGUUUCACAAGAAAGCCCAGGCUAUGAAGAGACUGGUAGAGGCGGCAGAAGAAGCCCACCUUCAGCAUGAAGAGGAUCCAGAGCUGCAGUAUGAAUACUUCAAUGCUGUGCUGAUCAAUGAGGUUGAUGCAGAAGGGAACAGUGUAGAGCUGGGCGGAGAAUUUAUCCUGCAACCUAAUGAGCAUUUUAACAACUUGUCAGUCAACCUCAGCCUCAGUGUGGUCCAGGUGCCCACCAACAUGUACAACAAAGGCCACAUCGCACCACAGACUGUUCAGAAGCUAACUGAUACUCUAAUCCAGGUCUGGGAAGAGAUCCCUCAGGAGAACAUCAGCCGUCUUAUCAGGAGCAUGCCCAGUCAUUGUUGGGAGGUUAUACAGCAUUUCCGAGAGCACCUCGACAAGCUCUUUGCUCAAGGCAUUGGCAUGUUGGACAUCGCUCUGACUGAGGCGUUUAAUCUUCUCAGUGAUUUCAACAAGACAGGGAGGGGAAGUGAGUGCAGCCAGGCCAUUAUGUUGGUGACGGACGGAGCGGUCGAUACCUAUGAUGCCAUCUUUGACAAGUAUAACUGGCCAGAGAGGAAGGUACGAAUAUUCCCAUAUCUGAUUGGUCGGGAGUCAGCCUUUGCAGAUAAUCUGAAAUGGAUGGCGUGUGCCAACAAAGGCUACUUCACUCAGAUUUCCACUCUGGCAGAUGUCCAGGAGAACGUGAUGGAGUAUCUCCAUGUGCUGAGUCGUCCCAAAGUCAUCGACCAAGAGCACGACACAGUGUGGACUGAGGCGUACAUCGACAGCACACUCCCCCAAGCACAAAAGUUGGAGGACGGUCAGAGUCCAGUUCUGAUGACCACAGUGGCAAUGCCAGUGUUCAGUACAAAGAAUGAGACUAGAAACCAUGGGAUCCUGCUUGGCGUGGUUGGGACAGAUGUGCCGGUCUCUGAGCUGCUUAAAACAAUUCCCAAAUAUAAGCUUGGCAUUCAUGGCUACGCCUUUGCAAUCACCAACAAUGGCUACAUCCUCACCCACCCAGAUCUACGACCACUUUACGGAGAUGGAAAGAAGCGAAGAAAGCCGAAUUACAGCAGUGUGGAUCUGUCUGAGGUGGAAUGGGAGGAUAAGGAUGACACGUUAAGAAAUGCCAUGGUCAACAGGAAAACAGGAGCCUUCUCCAUGGAGGUGACAAAGAGUGUCGACAAAGGGAAACGGGUUCUGAUUUUGCAUAAUGAUUACUACUACACAGACAUCAAAGGGACUCCAUUCAGUCUAGGCGUAGCUCUUUCCAGAGGUCAUGGGAAUUUUUGCUUCAGAGGAAAUGUUACUGUAGAGGAAGGACUUCAUGACCUGGAGCAUCCUGAUGUAGCACUGGCAGACGAAUGGACAUACUGCAACACAGACGAGCAUCCUGAGCACCGUUAUCUCUCUCAAAUGGAAGCAAUAAAACUGCACCUCAGUGGACAUGAGCCUCAUCUGCAGUGUGACAAAGAGCUGAUUCAGGAGGUUCUCUUUGACGCAGUGGUGACCGCUCCACUGGAAGCCUACUGGACCAGCCUGGUGCUCAAUAAGUCUGAGAAUUCUGAUAAAGGUGUGGAGAUAGCCUACCUGGGCACAAGAACUGGACUGUCCAGAAUUAAUCUGUUUGUGUUGCCUGAUGAGCUUACGAACCAAGACUUUCUAACAGCUGAAGACAAAGAGGGGGUGUUCAAUGCCGAUCACUUUCCUCUGUGGUACAAGAGAGCAGCCGAACAAGUUCCGGGAACCUUCAUCUACUCUCUGCCUUUCAACACAGGAUCAGAAAACAAAAGUGUUGUGUUGGCAAGUACUGCCAUUCAGCUUCUGGAUGAGAGGAAAUCCCCUAUAGCUGCAGCCGUGGGCAUCCAGAUGAAACUGGAUUUUUUUCAGAGAAAGUUCUGGACGGCCAGCAGACAGUGUACUGCAUUGGAUGGGAAAUGCUCCAUAAGCUGUGAUGAUGAGAAUAUUAACUGCUACCUCAUUGACAACAACGGCUUCAUCCUUGUGGCAGAAGACUACACUUUGACAGGAAACUUCUUGGGUCAAGUCGAAGGAGCUGUGAUGAACAAGCUUCUCCAGAUGGGCUCCUUCAAAAGGGUCACUCUUUAUGACUACCAGGCUCUGUGUCGGGUUUAUUCAGAGAGCAGUGACAGUGGGCACACACUGCUGGAUCCUUACUUUGCUUUCUUCGCAGCGGUAAAGUGGAUCGUGGCUGAACUUGUCAUGUAA